AGCAGCUUUCAGAGAGAAUCAAGAAGCAGGAGGAGAAAAAUCUUCAUUCCUCUUCUCUCUCCCUCGUGCUUCCUUUUCUAGGGUUUUCUUUCUUCGGCUUUCUAGGGGCUUGGAGGAGCAAUUGAAUCAUAAGACAAGAAAUUUGAAUCCGAAAAUUGGAAGAAACCGAGAAGUGGGUUCUGAUGACGAGCUUGAGAACUGGGUUGCAUGACUUUAACAUGACCUCAAGAAGAGCCGAGGAAGCGGCAAUGAGGCGAUUUCAAGCCGUGGAAUGGCUUCAUUCCACAGUUGGUCCGCUUGGUAUCUCGAGUCAACCAUCGGAGAAGGAGUUCAUUUCUUGCCUGAGAAAUGGUCUUAUUUUAUGCAAUGCCAUUAACAAGAUUCACCCUGGUGCUGUUUCAAAGGUUGUGGAGAACUAUUCUCAUAUGCCAUCAUUUAGCCGGGAGUAUCAGCCUCCUGCUGCUUAUCAAUACUUUGAAAACGUUCGGAAUUUUCUCGUGGCUUUGGAAAACUUGAAGCUGCCGGCAUUUGAAGCUUCCGAUCUUGACAAGGAUAAUCUAGAGUCAGGAUCCGUAGCCAAGGUUGUGGAUUGCAUUUUAGGCCUUAAGGCGUAUCAAGAGUGGAAGUUAACAAGCAAUGGAAAUGGGUCUUAUAAGCACAUAAAAACUCCCACAGCUCAGUACUCUGCCACUAAAAUCCUUUCGACCUCAUCUAAGCAUCUAGACAGGUCCUCUGUUCGUGACAAAACGGGAUUCACAGACAGUAAAAGCAAUAAACUUGAAGAUGUCAUAGCAAAGUUGCUGGUUGAUGAGAUUGCUGAUUCCAAGGAAAACAUGGAUGAGAAUCUCACUUCUGGUGUUAUUGGUAGCGAGUUAUAUGGAUUGCAGAAUUCAAGAAAAGCCUUCAAGAAAAUCAUCACGAGUUUCGUGAGUGACAAGCUAGAACGAGAGUUCCCAGAGCUUCAUUCCGUCUUCAAGGAUUUUCUCAAAGAAGGUAAUUGCAAACCAUCAGAGUUAAAAUCUAUGCCCCUGGGGGAGUUACCUUUUCAUGACAAAUACCGGUGCUGCAGAAGCUGCCCACAAAAAGGGAAAUGCAACCACAAGCGUUUACUGAAAUUACAAGAAAAGGAACUCGUGGAUCUUAAGUCUUUGAUUUCAGAAACCAAGCAAGACUUAGAGAAUUUUCAGCUCCAUUUGCAAAAAGACUUGAGGGAACUAGGGAAUUGGGUAGAAGAGAUGUCAUCAGCGGCUUUUGGAUAUCAAAAGGUGGUUAAAGAGAACCAAAAAUUAUAUAACAUGGUGCAAGAUUUAAAAGGAAGUAUAAGAGUUUACUGCAGAGUUAGACCAAUAUUCAAUAGUGACUGGAAAGGAGUGGUAGAUUUUAUAGGCGAAGAUGGUUCUUUAGUGGUUUUAGAUCCAUCAAAGACUCAGAAAGAUGCAAGAAAAAUGUUUCGGUUUAAUCAGGUGUUUGGUCCAUCAGCAACUCAAGAUGAUGUAUUUAAAGAGACACAACCAUUGAUUAGAUCGGUGAUUGAUGGCUAUAAUGUGUGCAUCUUUGCAUAUGGCCAAACGGGAUCAGGGAAAACGUACACGAUGAGUGGUCCACCAGGAAGAUCAGCUACAGAAAUGGGUAUCAACUAUCUGGCUCUCAGUGAUCUCUUUCUGAUAAGUGACAAAAGGAGGGACAUCAUGACGUAUGAGAUUUAUGUCCAAAUGGUCGAGAUAUACAAUGAACAAGUUCGAGACCUUCUUGCAGAAAAUUCUUCAUCCACCAGAUUAGAAAUUCGAAGUUGCUCCAACGAGGAUGGCCUGAGUCUUCCUGAUGCUACAAUGCAUUCUGUGAAAUCCACGAUGGAUGUCAUCAGGCUGAUGGAGGCCGGUGAGGUUAACCGUACUGUUAGCUCCACGUCCAUGAACAAUAGAAGUAGUCGCUCCCACAGUAUCCUUACAGUGCACGUACGUGGAAAAGAUACAUCGGGGGGAACUCUCAGGAGUUGCUUACAUCUGGUGGACCUUGCAGGGAGUGAGAGAGUGGACAAAUCUGAAGUUACAGGAGAUAGACUCAAGGAAGCACAGUAUAUCAACAAGUCUCUUGCUUGUUUAGGAGAUGUCAUCUCAGCUUUGGCUCAGAAAAAUUCUCACAUCCCAUACCGCAACAGCAAGUUGACCCUUUUACUUCAAGAGUCAUUAGGUGGGCAAGCUAAAACAUUGAUGUUUGCUCAUUUGAGUCCCGAGGAAGAUUCCUUCAGCGAAACAAUCAGUACUUUGAAGUUUGCACAAAGAGUUUCAACUGUGGAACUUGGAGCUGCUCGAGCACACAAAGAGACUAGAGAAGUUGUGCAACUCAAGGAGCAGAUUGAGAACCUUAAGAAGACACUGGCUAGCAAGGAGGAGGGAUAUAACACUGCUUACAGAAUAAAGGAGGUAAAAUCUCCUUCUGGCAAACCUGUUGCAACAAUGGAAAGAACUCCUCCACGUCUCAGAAUAUUAAGCAUAGAGAACUGCAGCAUCACAAAGACCGAGAGAAGGAAUUUGGAGGAGAGGAAAGGUCCUAAAACCCCCACAAUGCCCAACCGUUCAAGAAGAUCGAGUUUGGAAGGCCCGAAAUCCUUUAGGAAAGAAAAUGUGCCUGUGAAGAAGCAGAUUCCCGAUGCAGAAGAAUUGCCUCAAUGUUAUGGAUAUGUUAGCAAUGUAGAUCCUCGAAGUCCUGCUGGCUCUUGCCAAAAACGAGUAGCGAAAAUAGAUGGCAGAACAAGCAUUCCUCAAAUCCAGUUACCGAAAACACCUGAUCAAAGAGCUUCGAGAAACGAGAUACAGAUUGUAAUGCACAGCGAACUAACGUUUUCUGCAGAUUCCCGGGCAAAUGGAAAAGGGUCUCAAAUAAGGAAGUCGCUGAGAAAUAUCGGAAAACUGAUCAAUGGUUCAGAGAAGAGAAAAGAGAAUAAUAAUUCGGUGGAACCAAGGUCGCCCCUAAGAGUUGCAAAUAAUUCCGGCGAUGGAAAGUCGCCAAUUACAAGCAACGGAAGGAUGCUGAGGCGGCGGUCACUGACAGGCGUAAUGCCAUCAGAAGGGACUGAGAGAUCAUCGAGGAGGUCAUCUCUCGGGGGAAAACCUAUCCAGAAUGGAGUUAAUGAUGCAAGAAAUGCCAAGACACCUCCUCCUAUGCAUCCAUCAUCAUCCAUGGCAGAAAAGAGAUGGCUCUAGUCACAUACUUCCUCAGCAUUGACACUUGAAUUCUGAUCUGACUAGAAUGUCUUGUUGGUUCAAGUAAAUAAGAGACCUCAUAUUGUAACAGGAAAUCUCAUUAACCAUGAAUGUACCACAACAUUCAGCUGUUCUGGUUAAUCAAAGCGUCAUGUUUCC